AUGGGGCGGCUUUCUUCUCCGACCUCAACUUUGAUGUGGAUGGCAGUGGUGGUAACUUCUUGGGUCAUAACAGCUGUAGCCACUGACACCUCAGAAGCAAGAAGCUGCUCUGAAUGUCACAGCAAUGCCACCUGCAUGGAGGAUGGGGUUGCCACAACAUGCUCCUGCCACGUGGGUUUCACUGGCAAUGGCCUUAUGUGCAUGGACCUAGACGAAUGUGCCAUGUCUGGGGUGCACAACUGCUCCGAGGACAGCAUCUGUGUGAACACGCUGGGCUCCUACUUGUGUACCUGCCCUGAUGGCUUCCGCCUGACGCCUGGGCUGGGUUGCACUGAUGUGGAUGAGUGCGCUGAGCCGGGGCUCAGCGGCUGCCACUCCCUGGCCACCUGCAUCAACCACAGAGGCAACUACUCGUGUGUGUGUCCUGCCGGCUACUGGGGUGAUGGGUGGCACUGUGAGUGUUCCCCAGGCUCCUGCGGUCUAGGACUGGACUGCGUGCCCGAGGGCGACGCGCUUGUGUGCACCGACCCAUGCCAGGCGCACCGCAUCCUGGAUGAGUACUGGCGCAGCACCGAGUAUGGAGCGGGCUAUGCCUGCGACUCAGGCCUGAGUGGUUGGUACCGCUUCAUGGGGCAGGGUGGCGUGCGCCUGGCGGAGACAUGCGUGCCAGUCCUGAGCUGCAAUACGGCUGCACCCAUGUGGCUGAAUGGCUCGCACCCGUCCAGUGACGAGGGCAUCGUGAGCCGCAUGGCCUGUGCACACUGGAGUGGCCACUGCUGCCUGUGGGAUGCACCCGUCCAAGUAAAGGCCUGUGCGGGCUACUAUGUCUACAACCUGACUGCGCCCCCUGAGUGCUAUCUGGCCUACUGCACAGACCCCAGCUCUGUGUUGGGGACGUGUGAGGAGUGCGGUAUAGACGAGGACUGCAAAUCGGAUGAUGGCACAUGGAGCUGCCAGUGCAAACAGGACUUCAACGUCACUGAUCUUUCCCUCCUGGAGCGCAGACUGGAGUGUGGGGCCAAUGACAUCAAGGUGUCCCUGGGCAAGUGCCAGCUGAAGAGCCUGGGCUUUGAGAAGGUUUUCAUGUACCUGCGUGACAGCCAGUGUUCGGGCUUCAUUGAGAAGGGAGACCGGGACUGGAUAUCUGUGGUGACUCCAGCCAGGGAUGGCCCCUGUGGGACAGUGAUGACGAGGAAUGAAACCCAUGCAACGUACAGCAACACCCUCUACCUGGCAGAUGAGAUCAUCAUCCGUGACCUCAACAUCAAAAUCAACUUUGCAUGCUCCUACCCCCUGGACAUGAAAGUCAGUUUGAAGACCUCCUUGCAGCCAAUGGUCAGUGCCCUAAACAUCGGUGUGGGUGGAACAGGCAUGUUCACUGUGCGGAUGGCACUCUUCCAGAGCCCUACCUACACACAGCCCUACCAAGGCUCCUCCGUGACCCUGGCCACAGAGGCCUUUCUCUACGUGGGCACGAUGCUGGAUGGGGGUGACUUGUCCCGGUUUGCACUGCUGAUGACCAACUGCUACGCCACACCCAGCAGCAAUGCCACGGACCCCUUGAAGUACUUCAUCAUCCAGGACAGAUGUCCACGCACUGAGGACUCAACCAUCCAGGUAGUGGAGAAUGGGGAGUCCCCUCAGGGACGAUUUUCUGUCCAGAUGUUCCGUUUUGCUGGGAACUAUGACCUGGUCUACCUGCACUGUGAAGUCUAUCUGUGUGACACUGUUAAUGAAAAAUGCAAACCUACCUGCUCUGGGGCCCGAUUCCGCAGUGGGGGCAUCAUAGACCAAACCCACAUCCUGAACUUGGGUCCCAUCACACGAAAAAAUGUCCAGGCCAUAGUCUCAAGGGCUGCUUCCAGCAGCCUGGGGUUCCUGAAGGUCUGGCUGCCUCUGCUUCUGUCGGCCUCCUUGACCCUGAUGUCUCAGUGA